GUCUGGGUUUUCGAUGAUGACUGCAACGUCGGCAGGUGGGUAUCCGCUCAGCCGCAAAGCCGUGUUGUUGACAAGACCGGCCGCGAUGCAUACCUUUGCGCCGAGUACCUGUGGGAUGGCGAAUACUAUGUCCAGGACUUCGGACCCCAACAUGUCCGCAAAAAGGGCGAGCCAAGAACCGUUUGGCAGGCACUCACGCAGUCCGAGUCCUACGGGAGCGCAGAGCUGGAGGCCACGAAGGUCUUCAAGAAAAAAGAUGAGGACGACAGCCUAAUGGACACCAAG